CUCAUUUUUGAAAAACGAAUAUUGUUUCAGUCAGAGGUUAGUGUGUGUAGUUUCAAGAGUUAAGCCAUAAUGGACAAGAAGGAAGUUGACUCUUCAAUUAAUGAGACCAAUCAAUGCAAGGUGGGCAUGAUGAACGAAAACAACAACGUUCAGAUGUCGGAGGCCGCUCAGCCUCCCGUCCAGAUGGCCUCGGUUCAGCAACCACAGCUGUUGCAGGAGAAGGAUGGUGGAGUGGUUGCGCCUCCCUGCGUCCAUCAAGUUGCCAUUGGCGAUAGUCAAGCUCCAGCGCCCGUUGCCGAGGCCGCCGAGCCGCCCAUAGCCGACCAGCGUUGCCAAUUGCACUCUCAGCAGCAGGAUGGUGGAGUGGUUGCGCCUCCCUGCGUCCAUCAAGUGGCCAUCGGCGAUAGUCAAGCUCCAGCACCCGUUGCCGAGGCCGCCGAGCCGCCCAUAGCCGACCAGCGUUGCCAACUGCACUCUCAGCAGCAGGAUUGUGGAGUGGAUGCGCCUCCCUGCGUCCAUCAAGUGGCCAUCGGCGAUAGUCAAGCUCCAGCACCCGUUGCCGAGGCCGCCGAGCCGCCCAUAGCCGACCAGCGUUGCCAACUGCACUCUCAGCAGCAGGAUGGUGGAGUGGAUGCGCCUCCGUGCGUUCAUCAAGCGACCCCAGCGGCCAUCGGCGAUAACCAAGCUCCAGAACCCUUUGCCGAGGCCGCCGGGCUGCCCAUACCCGACCCGUCUGUGCUCGCUGCUGCUAUGAAUCAGGCGGAUAGAUACAAUCGAAAUGAUAAUCUAAUAAGAGGAAUUAGACUCUUAUCCCGCGUCAGGGUUGGUUAUACAUUUGAAUUCGAGUGCCCAUCUUGCCGCCGAUUAUUUGGAUCGUCUUCGCAGCUUAUUAGACACAUGAAACUUCAAUACCCAUGGCUGUUCACAUAA